AUGACAAUACUCCAUUUUGCAGCUUGCAGCGUCUGCUGCUUCGGCCCGAACUACGCGAUCUACAAAGGCACGGAGGUGUCCGAGCAGGCAGGCACUAUGUCGCUGAUUGCUUUCUCAUCCGUCGCGUACCUCCUCACUCAGCUUCUCAAAAGCUUGAUUGUCGCCUCGCUGGUGCCCGCCACCUGUCACUCUUACUUCGUCUGCGAGGCCCUGACGCAGGUUCUACUGGGCGCGUUGGAGCUCAUGGGCCUUUACUUCGUCGUGCGUCACAGAACUGCACUGGCGUUCGACGCGGACUCUCGCCUGCUGAGCGUCGGUCUGGGCUGGUCCUUCGCGCACUCGCUCUUCACUAACCUUCUGCCAGUCAUCGCGAGCGCGAGAACCGCGGCGUUCCACUGGAAGUUCUUCUACGGAGCUCUCUCCGCGAACGUCUCGACCGUUUCCCUGAUGGCGCUGACGGUGCUGGUGUUUCUUGCCACCCGGAGAAAGCAAGCACAAGCGACCGCCACCACCGCGAGCGCCCUGGCAGCUGUCCUGCUGCUGUUCCCGUUCGUCAGCAGUCGCCUGGUGCUGGGGAACACUCCAGCCACAGGCCCCGCGGGCAGCCCCGCGUGGUGGGCGCUGCUCGUGCUUCAGGCGGCAGUGGCGGCCGCUGUCGCUUUCGCCGCGCUGCAGAUGUACCGGCCGCGGGCGAACAAGAGCUCGAGUGGGCCGACGGCAGGCGCGCCGAUGUCGUCCCAAAGUCAGGGCAGCGGGUCGUCCAUCAAGCAAGAAUGA